AUGACUGAACGCCCGCAGUACUAUGAAAACGACUUGACUCCCCUCCCCAUUAAUCAGAAUACCCUUCCUCAGUAUCUGGAGGAGCUACGUGCUGCUGUCCGCAAUGGUGCUGAGAUAGUUCAUUCCAAGGACCCUCUGCCGGAGCAAUGGGGUGCCGGUGGGAUGAUGAAACAUUUCCAUGGGAUUGCCCUUGCAUUCUUCCGCCUCGAUUACCAGGCGCCUCUCCUCGAUGGUGCCCAGUCACCGAACUAUCGCCAGUACGCUCUGGAUCGGAUCCCGCCAGGAUUUCCUGAAACUCCUCUUAUUCCAUCUCGACUUUCAACUUGUUCAUUGUCACCCCUCGGAGCUGUCAUUCUACGGAUUCUCGCUUCUGUGGCAAAGACCAACUGGGGAAAGGAUUCAAAACCUAGUAUUGCCAAGGAGGAUAUUGCAACUCUUGAACAGGUUACUCAGCUUGCAUUACAAAAUGGCCCGUUAGUUCCUCACAAUGGCCGUAAUAUGGGGGAGACGAGCUUUUGGCUUCUGUGGGCGCUUCUAAAUAUUCGAGCUCAUGAAUAUGACGAUGAGACUCGGCUAUCACUUGCACCAGUGCUCGGUCAGAUUCCGAAGCUGCUCGACGCAAUUAUUGAUGCUGGUCGUCAGGGCUCUCAGACUUAUAUCGAAAACAACGGGGAGGACAGUGCUCACCCUCUGAUGUACGCUUGGAUGGAGGGCCAUUAUGCUUUUGGAGCUGUCCCCGUAGCUGGAAUCCUCCCAAUCCUUCUCUCAUGCAAGCCUGAAGAGCUUGCCCCACACAUUUCUAUCAUUGGCGAGACUGUCACAGCGCUAUCUAAACUCAGCGUCUCCUCAAAUGGACACCUUCCUAUGACAUCCCCUCCGUAUGGCGACACCAAGCGACCUUCGGAGCUAGUCCAGCUUUGCCAUGGAAGCCCGGGAAUUCUCAUCCUCUUAUCGACGGCACUUAAGAACACCACUUUGGUCCGAGACUACUGGUGUCCCGAAUGGGACCAAGCAAUCUACUUAGCCACCCAGCGGGUCUGGGAGGAAGGCCUCCUCUCCAAAGGCGGAAGCCUGUGUCACGGAGUUGCCGGCAAUGGGUGGCCAUGGCUUCUUCUGCACAACUCUUUCGCAUACCAUGCGGUAGAGAUCGAUGAUGCUAGACGCGCUUACCAGCAAAAGAACCCGGCCGCUGCUGAUGACCGUCUCUCACAGAAGCUAACUCCAGACUAUUUCUUGUCAAGGGGAUUGACGUUCUUGCUGCAUGCCCGUCAGACUAAGCCCUAUAACUCCGAUCCUGGGCCAUCUGACAAAGACUACCGCAUGCCUGAUGACCCCUACUCGCUGUAUGAAGGGCUCGCGGGUAACCUCUGCGCAUGGGCGGAAGCUUGUGCAAGACUGCGCAAGGAUGCAGUCUGUGGCAGCUGUCUUGACUGCUCUGGGUUGGAUCAGGAUGCGGGCUUCCAGGAUGCUAUGCGGCGGCAGCUGGGUUUCCCCCUCAUUGGUGGGAAUGGAGCCUUGGGUACUCUUUAG